AAGUAGAAAAAUCUCUAUUCUGUGGAAACGAACGCGAACUUCAAAGUGUUUGUUUACCGUAUUGUUUUCAGUUUGAUAUUUGUGAUCUAAUAUUAAAAAUAACUGAAUGGUGAUAUAGUAAAUUCAUAUUUAUAUUGAUUAUUCAAAAUAUAAUGGCACCGCCUUCACCAUGGAAAAGACCAAAUGAAGUUAUGCAACUACAUAAGUUAAAGAAACGCAAAAGAGCAUUACAGGAGCGUAUGAAACAACCUACACCAUCAACUAGCGAAGAAACAUCAAUAAGUCAAAAAACAGUAGAUUUAGAUUUCUCUAGGAUCCUAAAUGGUGAACAUGCAGACAAAAGGAAGAACCCUUUCUCUAAGAGUAAUAUUACACAACAGAACAAAAGAGUCAAAGUGGAUACAGAUUUGCCACUGGAUGAGUCAAGUGAUAAAACAUUGUUCACACUUCUGAAACUACCAGCUACAGUUCCACAGAAGGCUGCACAAGAACUGGACACAGAAAAGCUGUCCACUUUCUCCAAUUUACUACAAAAGUUUACAGCAGACCAUUCUGUAGAAUCAGUAGUAACAGAAAAGAAAUACAAGCAUUUGCCCAUUGACUGGGCAUUAAAAACUAGAUUAAGAUUAAUGUCGCCUAAGCCAUUUGCCUGGACUUCAAAACUAAAAGCUAGUGAGGAAGCUUCUGGUAUCACUGGGUUUGUCCGAUGCCUUGACACAACUUCAGAAUCAUCUUUGGACACUUCACCUCGUGCUUUGUUCCACCAAACUUGCUUAUACUGGCAACAUCCUCACUUACCCUGGCUCAAUUUAUACCCUCGGUCAUCUGGCAAAGUGGCUGCCACUAGCUUCAUGGCAACUAAUGAAGAAGUUAAAAAGGCUCUCCACAGAGAAUGGACAGAAAGUUUCAGAUCACUAUUUCAGCUGCUAAGAGCUCUACAUUGCCCGUACUUCUAUGUGUGCGCAAACACAUUUACGGUGUUAUUUCGCGCCGCUGGCCUCUGCGGCGUGUCGGAACCUUGCGCACUCAUCACACCCACCUCGAGGGGCUUCCGACAAACACUGCGCCAAGAAGAUGUGGAGUUCACAAUGCCACUCCGAUCAGAGAGCAAAAAAAAAUUGAACAUCUCAGAUGAAGACAAGCCAAAGAACUCAUCAUUUGACAGCUGUUAUGACACGAUGGACGAAGGGUGUAAGCUGGAACCUGAUGGAGAUUCUGGAGAUGAAGAGGAGGACCCUGACCAGUUCUUAUCACAAUUGGGAUUGGAGACUGAAGUUAUAAAAAAAAUCAAUCACAAUCAGACUCGUAUGGCGCACACGGCAGAAAGCAGCGUGGACAGCGCGGCCGAGUCGCUAGUGUUCGUUAGAGGAGCGGAUGCGCAGGCGUUGUUCAAUUUCCUUCUCAACUGCAAGUCUGUUGUGAGCCCCACGGGACCCUUCGCGGGGGUACCCCCCACACUGCUCGCACCCACGGCUUUCCAUGGCGGCACUCUGCACUCGUUGAAGGUAGGCGAGAAAACUGUACUUGCGGACAGCAAAAAGUACUACUCGAUAGAGCUACGAGGGCCAAUCUUGCCGACGACUGUGCACACGCUAUUCAAUGUGCUGAAGAAAAGUUCAUCUGCUCAAUUCAGCGCCACAUUUGCACAUCAUCAGCCUACAUUAGCUUUUACCUACGCAGCCAACGGCAUAGCUGAAGAUGAAAGCUCCAAAGAAAACGAACCGAACCACUUCAGUAAAGCGUUCAAUAAGGAGAAUCUAUCAGAUUGCGGCAUAAGUGAGAGUAUGCUUCAGCAUUUCUGCUCUCCCGACCCCGCAGUGGUGAAGCCUUUAGACAGCGUCAAGUAUAAUACUGAAGAUGACACGUACACUUGGUGACAUUCGUAUAUUGUUGUUGUUCCUUGUUUUGAAUCUGUUAUGUAUUCAAUUAAUCACGAUCUUGUAUUUAAUAAAAUAUUUAUUACACAUCUGCUUUUUGAGCUCAUUUUUUACCCACAACUUUUAAAAUUAAUUUUAAUUCCUUUUUACGCUAAAUGUUAUACUUCUCAAAAUAUUAUGCUGUCCAGUAUCACUGUCACCCUUCGUCCAUUUAGAUUCAAUGACUUCAUCAUAGAUCCUAUCGUAUAGUACACGUUUUCCUCCACCUGAUUCCAUAAU